AUGGUCAGCUUGUCAUUGCAGCUGCGGAACUCUAGGGGCAUUAGUUUCUUAAUCCUGCUUUCACUGACUCUGUGUUUCCUGUGUUCGUUGGUGUUUAUUGGAAAGCCCACACCUUUGUCCUGCAUGGUGCGUCACACUGCCUUUAGCAUAUUCUCACUGUGCAUUUCAUGCAUUCUGGGAAAGACUCUUGUGGUUUUAGCUACAUUCAGGGCCACCAGGCCAAAGGGCCGCAUUAUGAAGUGGCUGGGACCCAAGCAGCAGAAGGCCAUUAUCUUCAGCAGUACUUUAGUUCAGGUGGUAAUCUGUGCUGCGUGGCUCAUUGAUGCUCCUCCUUUUCCAAUCCGAAACACACAGUAUGAACAAUCAAAGAUCAUACUGGAGUGUAGUGUGGGCUCAAAUGUUGCCUUCUGGUGCAUUCUAGGAUAUAUUGGCCUCCAAGCCUGUCUGUGCUUCAUAUUGGCCUUUCUGGCCCGUAGGUUACCUGGAAACUCCAACGAGGCAAAAAUUAUCACUUUCAGCAUGCUGAUCUUCUGUGCUGUAUGGCUGGCAUUCAUCCCUGCUUAUAUCAGCUCUCCUGGAAAUUAUGCUGAUGCAGUAGAGUCUUUUUCAAUUCUGACUUUCAGCUUAGGCCUGGUGUUCUGCCUGUUUGCUCCCAAGUGUUACAUUAUUGUACUGAAGCCAGAACAAAAUACUAAACAGCACCUGAUAGGAAAAGACAGACAUAACAAUGUAUACAGUAAAACUCGAACAUAA